AUAUAGGGUUUUAAAUUUAGUAAUCCACAAGUAUUUCCAGUUUGAUGUUGCAUGGAAAAAACAACCCGAACUGUUCACAGCAUUGUAAAAAGAAAUGGAUUUUCCCGUAAAUAAAGGUAAACAGAAAGGGAAAAAGACUGUAAAUCAAGAAGAACUAUUGGAGGUUCCAGAUGGAUGGAAAGAGCCAGGAAUCUCUAAGGAACAAAAUCCACAUGGCGUAGUCAGUGAAAGUUCCUUUGCCACACUUUUCCCAAAGUAUCGAGAAAAUUAUAUAAAUGAGUGCUGGCCACUUGUGAAGAAAACUCUAGGAGACCAUAAUAUCAAGGCAGAGUUGGAUUUGGUGGAAGGGAGUAUGACUGUAAGAACAACAAAGAAGACAUGGGACCCCUAUAUUAUAAUCAAAGCCAGAGACCUGCUGAAACUCUUGGCCAGGAGUGUUCCAUAUGAACAGGCUGUGAGGGUGUUGGAGGACGACACUGCAUGUGACAUCAUCAAGAUUGGUUCUCUGACAAGGAACAAGGAAAGAUUUGUGAAAAGACGACAGCGCCUGAUUGGACCAAAUGGAUCUACCCUGAAAGCCAUUGAAAUUCUGACAGACUGUUAUAUUCUUGUUCAAGGAAACACAGUGUCAGCUCUUGGGCCGUAUAAAGGAUUAAGAGAGGUUAGAAAAAUUGUUGAAGAUACUAUGAAGAAUAUUCAUCCAAUCUACAAUAUCAAGACACUGAUGAUCAAAAAAGAAUUAGCAAAAGAUCCAGAGCUAAGAAAUGAGAACUGGGAAAGGUUUAUACCCAAGUUUAAGUCAAAGAAUAUCAGCAAGCGCAAACAACCAAAGAAGAAAAGGGUCAAAAAGCCAUAUACACCAUUCCCACCUCCUCAACCUGAGAGCAAGGUUGACAAAGAGUUGGCAUCAGGGGAAUACUUCCUUAAACCUCAUCAAAAGAAAGCCAAAAUACAGCAAGAGAAAAAGGAAAAACAGCUGAAGGCAGUCCAGAAGAGUCAGGAGAAGAGAGCUAAAGCCUUUGUUGCACCAAAGGAGGACACCGCGCCUCCAAAGAAGAAGCAGAAAGUGUCAGAUGAUGUCAAUGUAGAUGAGUUGAAGAAAAAGAUAAAAAAGUCACAGUGUGAUUUUUUCAGUGCUUUAUAUAAAUUACAGGACCUCUUAAGAGAAGAGGAGAAAUUACAAUUAGAUUUGAGUAGAUAUAUCAGUAGUGUUCAGGAGUAUGAGCAGGAUGUUCCCUUAGAAAUAUUAAGGUUUUCCGAGUCGCUUAAAAUAAAACGUAAGACAAUCAACGAUGGGUCUGCGUACAUCGAACACCCUGUCAACGACUUCCAUCUAUUGUAUCGAUUUGUCGUGGAAUGGCAGUCAGUAUUUGAUAUCAUCUUUUGCAAAGAUUGCGAAGAGACUGAAGCUGCUAAAGAUUUCAAUUUCACUGUUCAGCUGGUGAGCAAGCGUCUUGGUCUGUGGCCCUCGUCCUAUGAUUUAGACGGUGCAUCCAGCGCUCUCCUCCGACUCUGGAAGGUGUACAAGCUAGAUCUCAAUGAAUUUAUCAAUGGCAUUGUCCAAACAUACACUGCAGACCAACCUAUGUCUGAUGACGAGGUGUUGACCGUAGCGAAGUUCGCAGACAGUGUCAAGGACGACUACUCAGAAAUGAGAUGGCUGAAAGCUUUGUACAAAAGAUUACAAACACAGGAUGGGUUCUCCCACAGCCAGACCACUGUGAUUCGUGUUGCGCGGUCACUAGCAGCGUCUUUCUACAAACUAGGUUUUCCAAAGAAAGGGAUUUUUAUUUUGGAACCUUUCCAAAGUUUAGAAAAUCGGGAUAUAAACAGUGACGUAGCAUUUUAUCUGUCCAAUGCGACCAGCGACGAAAACGAGACCAUUCCAGAACCAGCAACAGAGGAUGCAAUGUAUGAAGCUCUAUGUCGUGAGGAACAAAAAAGUCUACAUGAGCUAGCCAAGCUUCGAUGCUUUUUAAGGGAUACUGUUAUACCUUAUUACAAAGCAAAAGAGGAAGUGGUCAAUUACGAACCAAGGAUUGCCAUUUUUCAUGACGUCAUCUCUCCCACCAGUAUUGAACAUCUAAAAUCAAUUGCCUCCAAGGGACUAACCAGAUCCACCGUUUUUCUAGAGAAUACUGGGCCAAAUGGACAAGUAACGAUAACGUAUGGAAAACAAGAUAACAUACGCGUGAGUCAAACUUGUUGGAUUCGUACUGAUGAAUAUCCAGAGCUAUUGCGACUAGAGAAUCGAAUCCAACUUAUAACAGGACUUAGUGCUGAGUACAAGCCAGUUAGAAGUCACUCUGAGAAAUUCCAGGUAGUGAAUUAUGGAGUAGGAGGCAUGUACACAGCUCAUCAUGAUUAUACGGAGUACAAGCGGGGGAUAAUAUCUAAUCCGAUGGAUUCUGAGGACAUCAGUACUUCUGGCGAUAGGAUGGCGACCUGGAUGUUUUAUAUGAAUGACGUCAAGGCUGGUGGCGCCACAGUAUUUCCGGAAGUAAGAACAAGAAUACCAGUUGCCAAGGGAGGAGCGGCGUUUUGGUUUAACUUGAGGCCGAGUGGAGCGACAGAUCCCCGAACGUUACAUGGGGGAUGUCCAGUCUUAGUUGGGUCCAAAUGGGUGACCAACAAGUGGAUUCGUGAAGAAGGACAAAUGGACCGAAGAUUAUGUGGUCUAACCGAAGAUGCUGUUGAAGACUUUCCGAAAAUUUGACGAGUACAUUGUACCAAUUUACCUGCAUCGAAGUUAUACUGAUUAAAUCAAUCUAUUAUCAUAUUUCAAAUGUUGAAAUUCAAUUGUAAAUUAGUGAAAGUAAUUAACUGAACACAAUUCAAAGUAAGAACAUGCUAUACACAUGUUUUACACCCUGCCAAAGAAUUAUUGAAAAAAAACUGUAUUUUGAGCUGAAGAAAAUUUAAACUAACACUAUGCUUUUCAUGUUUUUUUUACAUCUUGCAUUGUUUUUUUUUACAUCUUGCAUAUAAAUUAUGGAAAAAACUUCUACAACUAGGGUUAUAUUAUUGAAUAAGUAUUUAAGCAAUGACAUUUUUUUGGAGAGUGUUUCGUGAAAAUGUAUAUUUUAAGCCUAGCGACAAUCGACUUUAUCGAUAAAUAACUUUAUCACAUGAUCAAGAAAACCUGGUUUUUUACCUGUUCCGUAGUAAAUUGCACUACCCGUUGUAAAUUAAAUACAUGGACACAUCCUACUUCGUUGUGCAGAUGGAGGCAUUAAUUUCAAAGUACAGAUGUUAUUUAUUGUUUGUCUUGGGUGAAGCUGUCCCUGUAAAACAUUAUAAUAAUGUAAUUGUGAAUGUGAUUUUGUAACAUAAUAUUAUGUUCAAAAACUGUAUUCAACAUUCCAGGUUUUGUUUUUCAAAUAUAUAUAAAUCAAUUAAAGUCUUGACUCGUGUCUGAAUUUUAUUACAUAUAUGCAACCGACACUUGCUACUUCUAUAACUAAAAACUCUGUAUCUACUUAAACAGAGACAUUAUCUAUAUGCGAUCGUUUCAUUGUUUAAAAUAAUGUUAAAUCAAAUCAUACCAAAGUAAUAUUUUUCAUAAACACAAACUUAAGCUAUAUCGUUGUAUACAUCUUAAAUUUUUUUAAUGAAAAUGGAAUUGGUAUAUACCUUCUGUCCAAUCUUAUAGCAAAAAAUGCUCCAUAUUAAACAUUUCGUCAAAAUUACAUGACAGUUAAUACUUUUU